AUGGCGGGUAAACGUGGAGGCGGUUUUGACAUCGGCAUGAUCUUUGCGCACAAGAUCCUUACCGUGCUGUUUGUGCUGAGCACGUCGUUCUCGCGCAUUCUUCGGGGCUCACUCUCCACGACCCCUGGCGGCGUGUCGGGCACGCCCGGGUCAUUCCACCUGCCGUUGCGCAAGCUCGUGCUGCGCUACUCUCAACACAACCCCUCCUCGGCGGGCACACGAGCGUUCCUGCUCUCAUCGACAUUUCUUCAGCUUUCGAAAAAGUACCCCUCGGUGGAGUUCGUGGUGACCGAAGCAGGGAACGCCAAGCAUCCGCUCGUGACGGGAUUCUAUGCCGACAACAGCGCGGCGGCAUUCAGGAGCGACAAGAGGAAGGAUAUCAGUCUGGCCAAUUUGGAUGCAGGACAGGUCGGCGCCAAGGUGCAAAGGGUCGUAGAGGCAAGUGGCGACAAGACCAAGAGUCUGAAGAGGAGAACGACGCUGUCGAGGAACGAAAGUGCAAGAGGCGUCUGGUCACAGCUGCACGAUAGGAAGGUGGAUAUCUAA